AUGGCUUCAGCAGCCCGAUCACUGCGGCUUGCAUGCCGAAGCUGCAGGAGUCAAAGACCCAUCCAACAUGUUGGCCCAAAGAUCUUUGUCGCCUGGAAGUCAGUGUCCGGCGGCAAUAUCAAGGAGGUCAAGGAAACCAGCACCGACGGCCAGAAGCCUUCCCCUUUCGACAAUUGGGCGGCGGAAGACCUAGAGCAUGACCGGAAAUAUCGCAACAUGACGCCCAGUGAUGUCGCCAAGGAUCUGUUCAGCGAAGAGGAACGCGGCCUCUUUGGCGAGCUCGCCGCCGAACUGGCUGGCCUCGGCGACACCGAGAUCCGCAAGGAGCAAGACGCCGCGCGAGAAUUAUCGAGGCCUCUGAGAGUGGCGGUCAAGCCCAGGAGGGAUGCGUUCUGGGACGAAGAUGAGGACGAUAAGGACCUCAUCAGCAACGAUGACAGCGACGAGUUCGACGAGAACGACAUGACGGACAUCGCACAUGCAAAAUUGGAGGAGCACCGGGAGCAGAGAGCUUAUGCGCGUUUGGCGAUAUGGGAGAUGCCGAUGUUAUCCCAGUACGCCAAACCGUUUGAGCUUCCGACCAAGGAACAACCGCUGCGAUUCCGAUACACAUCAUAUAUGGGCGAAUACCAUCCCGCAGAGAAGAAGGUGGUUGUCGAGUUCAGCCCGGAGGACUUCGGGCUCACCGAGAUCCAAAAGAUGAAGUUGAGGAAGUUGGCUGGCCCGCGGUAUAACCCCGAGAAAGAGGUCAUCAAGAUGAGCUGCGAGUCUUUCGAACACCAGGCCCAGAACAAGCGCUACUUAGCGGAACUGGUCGAAAAGCUGGUCACAGAGGCAAAGGACCCAGCCGACACUUUUGAGGAUAUCCCGCUGGACCUGAGACAUCACACUUUCAAGGUCAAACCCAAAUUCCCCAAGGAGUGGCGAUUGUCAGAGGAGAGGGUGAAGGAGUUGCAGACACACUAUCAGCAGGCGAGGCUUGCGGAUAAGACGAAGCAGGAAGAGGGAACAUUGGUCGAUGGUAUUCAAGCGAUUCAGAAGGCCAUUGCCACCCGGAAACCCAGAGAAGAAGUGCCCGAACUGGUUGGCGUACCGCGAAAAGCGCAACCACGCAGACGCGUUCGCCUCUAG